AUGCACAAAGGAACCGCGGUCAAUCGAAGCAAUGUUAUGCCGACGACAAACAUUGUGCGGAGGUGCUUUACUCCGACCACGAUUCUCGUCGUGUUGAUGUUGUUAGGCGGAUUCGACGGAAGCACAGCUGAACGAUGGUCACGACAGGUAUCCAACAGUGAGUGGAUCCCGUUGACGAACCCGCGGGCCGCUUCCGGUCACGUGUCGCAGGGCAACGCUGGCCUGCUGCCUAGCGGCGCGCAUCUUCCGAAUCCGAUUCAGUCGCUCUCGUUACCGCCUGUUCUUCAGCAACAAUAUCAGGACCAGUUGAUACAGUUGCAGAAGACGCAGGAGAGCAUUCAGAAGCUGCUAUUACUGCAGCAACAGCUCAAAGCUCAGCAACAAGUUCUUCAGUCUCAGACGUUCCUACCGAGCGGCUUCAGUAGCACCGAAGACGAGAAGCAAGGGCUGUUACCGAGCUCAUUGGGCAAUUUGCAAACGACAUCCGAACUUUUAGUUCCGCCACAGCCCUCCUCGCAGGCGCUUCCCCCCAUAUAUCCUUCACAAAGCUUUUUGCCUCACAGACCCGGACAGGUGCCGAGUCAUUAUGAUCAGAACCUAGAAGCUAAUCGAGAACUGUCAGCCUUGCCGGUUCAAGGUCAGAUCGUGCUGCAACACGGCGAAAACGUGAACGCGGAGGACCCGCGAGAAGGUCCGCACAGCUAUGGGACGAAACAGGGUGGCCAAAGACCCGGGGCGAAACGUCCGAAGAUACAAUCGAAUCCGGAACUGUCGCAACUUCCUCUGAUCGAAGGCGGCGGGGAUGAGGAAGAGGAGGUGCAGCUGGUGUACGUUCCGGCGGAGACGCUGGCGCAAAGGGGUCAGCAGCCGAAAAGAGGUCGCGGAAGAAAGCCGUAUCACCUUCAUCAUCAUCAUCAGCAGCAGCAGCAGCAGCGCGAGAAUCAAGACGGCGUAGAGCAAGCUCCGCUCUCGGCCGAUCAAGAAGCCUUCGCGCGGCAGGUGCUGCAGCAGAUUCAGCAGGAACACGAAGAGAAGGCGCAAUUCUUAAAGGAGGAGCGCGUGAAAGAGUUCGCCAGAUUGAACGAGGAGCAGAAGGUCCUCGAGCGGAAAACGCGACUGCAGCAGGAGGCCCUUCAGAGGGAGCAAGAGUUGCUGAGGCAAAAGGAAGCCGAGAAGAAGCGAAAGGAAUUGGAGAAGCUGGAAGAGAUGGCGAGGCAACGAGAAUUGGAGCGAAUUCGCGAGGCCAGAGAGAAGCAGAGGCAAGAGGAGCUCGAACGACGGCGACUCGCCGAGCUCCGCGCCAAAGAGGAGAAACGCCGCGAGGAGGAGGCGAAGCAACGCGAGGAGCAGGAACAAGCGCGUCGCCAACAACUCGCAGACGGCACGAGACCCAAGAGGAUUCGCGGUAGACAACGUCAGCGAGUCAACCAAUACCAAGAACAACCCAAUUAUCCCGAGUCCACGACCACUCCGUCUCCCAAUCAGCCUCCUCUGUCGGUUUAUAUGGGCAGUUCCACGUCCAAUCUGGAAACAAUCAAGGUCACCGACGUUCUGAGGAUCUUAAGGGACGCGAAGACCAUCGCCGUGUUGGACAACGUCGGUCCCAACACACCACGCGUCUUCGUUGGUCCGUCCAAUUUGGAUCCCCCUUACGGAUAUGCCAAGUUCGACCUCCCCUACUUGUCGUCGAUCGACCACAACAGGGUUGAGCGCAAAGUGGAUAAGCUACCUUUCUUCGUAGCUCCGUUGAGCUUCGAUCCGCCCGCGGGUUAUUCCAAGAUCCCCUUCCCGGCGCCGCAUAUCGGCUCUGUCGUCGUCAACACGUUAUCGGAAACAUCCCCGGAACCAUUGCCAAUUGAACCGAACCCCAGCCCGACGCCAUUGAUCGAACCGAAUUCUUACAGCGACGCUGACCAAAUCGCCGGUUCCGUCGCAACCACUGCGUCUUAUGAGUCACCGACUACUCAGAGUUACAGUCCGGAAUCCAGCGGUCCUAAGUAUGAGUCCAGUUAUUCGACACCAGCUUCGGGGUCGAGGUUCAGGUUUAGACAGUAUUAUGACAACAAGCCAACUUCCGUGGCCGGUUCGUCAUAUUACAGCGAACAGUCUACAACGAAGACGAAGCCGAGGACGAAGCAAUACUAUGAGGAGGAAUCCAAACCGACCACUCAGUCACCCAAGAUUGAUACUACGGCCAGUUUUAGGCAGGAGGUAUUUUACUCCAACGCACCUAAUUUCCAAGACAGAACUGUAGGUUCGCACGAUCCCGCCACGAAAGAGCAAGACUUGGCGGCUCAAUUGGCGCUCAUCAAUCAAGAGCUCGCCGAGCAAAGGGAGCCGCAGAAAUACAACACCGCCGAACAGUAUCGUCCUCAGGCUAACUUGGCUGAGGCGUACGAUGUUAAUGACGUCAGAGCGCCCGUUGGAUCUGCACAAUACAAUUUACCGGUGGAAUUACCACCGAUAUCACCGCACCUGCCCGGCCUGGUGAACUCCUUGUUGGACAAGCAAGAGGGAAAUCUCCCCGUCACUUCGACGCCGCCACCGACGACCACUACGACACCGUUAACGACGACGACCACUCGCGUGAGCUCCACGACUUACAGGUCACGAGGCAGAAGCAGAAUCGUACCUACGAGAGCCAGAACCACUCCUGCGUCUACUAACAGAACGAGCACGCACACGGAUAGACCUCGUAGACCAUAUAACAGAUCAAAAUCGAGAUUCUCGACCACUACAGAGGAUUAUCACGAAUCCUCUUACGAACCGAUGAAAGCGAAAAUACCGGAAACCACGCAGAAAUAUAAGACGGCAGAACAUAAGAGACCAACGUCUAGGACACACAAGUACAGGAGUCGAGAUAGAACGAGUUCUCAAUCUACGAUUCACGAGAGAAACCCGAAUGUUCAGACUCACCAAGCAGCCGCCUACGAGAAUUAUCCGACGCAGAGCGACACGCAAAGCGAUUCACAGGUUAAUGUAUCCCCGGACGCGUACUCGCUGACGAACGGACCGACCUCCAAUCUUCAGCAUAAGGAGAUCUCGUCGCACGGGACAGUGAGCGAUUUCACUCAUGAGACUUAUCUGUCGACGACACCCACGCAAACCGAAAACUAUCCACCGUUGCGUCAAGUGACAGCCCAACAUAGCGCGGCUUUGGUGUCCGACGAUUACUCUAGAAGUCAGAAUUAUCCGCAACCCCGGCCUCAGGAAGCGCCCUUCCAUGGCGGUUUCGAGCAACUUGAGAAGACCCCCGUGAACGGAUUCAAUUAUCAAGUUGGGAACGAGGAGUCGCCAGACCAAGCAAUUCCCCAAAGACCCAAGGAAUAUCCACGUUACCAGGUCAAGUUGGAGGACGCCAACUAUAAUCCAGCGAAUACGGAGGAUCCGCAAAUAAGACCUGGCGAGGAACAACAAUAUUCGCCGGUUUACGAAGUUAAUGUAGCGCAACCUCAGCCUCAAGAUUAUAACCCCGACGGGCAGAAUCUUAUCCGCGACCAGAUCUUACAGUCCGAAGACGGUAAGAUCGAAAGCACCGCGGUGAAGGCCGAUCCGAAUGUCCCGCCGAUUUUCGUCCCGCUUCAGCACAACAAGCAGGAAGACUAUGAACUGCGUAUCCCCUCUACGCAGACACCGCUUAUUGAAAUCACUACGACUAGCACGACCACCCCGGCGCCGGUGAUAAUACGUCAGCGAGUGCGAACUCGGCUGGGCAGUCGCGGUCACCACGACUCCGCGAUUCAGACGCGACCGCGAGGUUCCCAAGACGAGUACGUUCGUUUCAGCGCCGUGAAUCACGAUUCCAGCCGCGGCACAGGUCACAAGCUACGUGAAGGAUCGAGAACGAGAACGCGCGUACGUCCGCAGAGUCACGGGUCGCAGGUGCAGACCGAGGGCAACGAAUACAUCAAGAUACAGGCCGCGCAGCAGCAGAGAUUGGUCGCCACCACGACACCCACGACUACAACCACCGUCGCGACUACAAGCGUGCACCCGUUGGAAGAAGACAUCGAUUACGGAUUCAUAAGACCACCCAGCUUCCAGCCGGUGAAUCCAAUUCCGGUGCACCCGGCGGACAACCGAUUCCAGGCGCCUAUCACAUACAGACCUCCUUUGUCCGAGAUACAGCACAUCAUCUCCAAUGACGAGGCGGCGGUAGAGUCGAGUCCCGCUCAUGUUCUGAAGAAUCGACCGAAAUAUCAGCAGACUCCGAGUCGUCGGCCCGCCACGAAAACAUUCGUGACUACGACGACGAGUACGACGACGGAAGCCGUACCUGUCGCGACGACGAUACCGGACGACACAGUGUACACGACGAAGCCGAAAGCGAGACCGGAGGAGUUAAGAACGACGAGAGUGCGCGGACGGGUUCGCCGACCGGGUAAGAAACGCAUCACGACCACCACGGAAUCCGUGAUCGAGGCGAACAACGAGCUACCGUUGGACGAGAACUAUCCCCGAAUCCCGUCGCAGCAGCUCGUCACGGUCACGGAGACCGGACAGCAGACUCUCUACGAAGACGACUUCGACCCGUCGCAAUACGUACCGAACCGGCCGGUUCAGCUUUAUGAGGAGACAACCGGCGAGAACUAUCCGCCUCAAGAGUUUGUCCUAAAUUUUGACAACCUACCGGAGCAAGUGUCGCAACGGGAGAAAUACGAUCAGACUCAACUGGCCGGCGGCUCGUCGAAGAAGUACAGCCACUCAAGUCUUGUGAAUCCAACGGAAGACGAGAGCGUGCACCCCACGGGCGAUAUUUACGGUGCCGAAAGCCAGUGGUCCACUAAGCUGUCCAAGACAUCGUUCCAGCCGAGCUUUGUCUCGAACCACGCAGCCAACGGCGCGAAGAGAGGCCGUGGCAAGACUCGCGACGAUCGGAACGACGAGAACGCGCCCGAGAUUAUCACGGCCGGACCGGACGUGUCUUUCGUGACGAUGGUCGUUUCGUCUGAUUAUCAGAAGCACGCGGACAGUGCCGACGAUGUGGACGCGAUGGUGGACGCUGACGUCUUCGGACGAAAGAUGAACGUGCAAGAACGCAGGGAAAACGCCGCGACGGCUGAAACGAACCCGCGGAUUACGACUCUUCGGAAUGUGAUUCGAAAUGAGGAAGACGCGUCGUCGGAGAUGCGAAAUUGGGUGAGAGGCAAAGAGAGGAACAUCGUGAAGCAGACGGACGAUGACGCAGAGGCGAAGAAAGUCACGGAUCCCCUUCCCGCUAAAAAAGGAGGAGCUCGCAGAAGAAGAGUCCGCGUGCGAGUGAGGCCCGCUAUGGACGAUUUCGUUACCGCCGAAUCGCAACACUUCAACUCCGCGAUGAACAGCUUGGUUCAAGAUCGAUACAAGUACAAUCCGAUUCGCGAGUCGAAAUUCACCACCGCUCAGCCGAUCGCGACAACCAUCACCACUACAACAGCCGCACCGACUACACAAAAAUCCUUGCUACAAGAUUUCCUUGAGGAGAUGCUGAAGAACGAUAAAGACUCUAAUCCGACAUAUACCACGUCCGUCACUACCGAAUUCCCCGUUUGGACGAUGUCAACGCCGAUGACGACGAUCUACACUUCGAAUAAUGAUGAGACCACGACUAUAAAGGAGAAUCCCACUCCGAUUAUCACGACGCUGACACCAAACGCUGAUAACGAUCGCGCCACGACGACGAGUGAAAAUUCAGACGAAUCGAAAAACGAAGCCGAUCAAGCGACAUCGUUUUCCCCUGAACAAAUCUACCAGUUGUCGCAAGAAGAAAUGAAUGAUUCGGCAGAAGAAAAAUCGAGUACCGAGUACCGAGUAAAGAUUUCCCAAGAAGACAAGAUUGAACGCAAUAGCCUGGAGAACGUCGGCAUAAUUGUACAGAGAUACAAACUGCCGUCGAACUACCCUGGCUUGGAAACGUUGAAGGAAACAGAAGACAGCACAACGGGACUUCCGACUGCGCGAGACAAAGGGAAGGAGCACGUAAUGACGUUGAAGAGGCCGGAGGAGAAUGUCGAGGAGAACGAGGCGCAUCCUAAGAAUCACAGGGCCAAGUGGAGCGAGGUGAGAUACCCAUCGGCCUUCGACAAGUCACAAUCCGCGCUGAAACAGCACUCCACUACGUCCAUUCCGGGUUUUACUACGCGAAACGACGGCGAGAGCAGCGUUAAGACCCUCUCGGACUACGUGGCCGCGAUCUUCGACAGCAUGAAGAGUGGCGACAGCCGAGGGGAGGAGGAAGAGCAGGUCGCGAAGGUAGUCGAGGCGAAAAACGAGACUCCCGCGGAGAACUCUUACAGAUUCAACGAUAUCGCCUCGGUGCGCGAGAUAAAUUCGAAGGAGAUCGAAAAGAGCACCCCGAACACCGUUACGACCACCGAGUUUUUGCGAGACGCUCGUACAACUCAGCGAGUCGACCCCGAAGAGAACACGACGAGUCUCCCGGAAGCGCAGAGCACCACCGAUACAACGACGAAGGAGAGCGUGACGACUCUCGACAGCACCACACCGAUCCUGGACUCCACUGUGAACACGAUCACGCCAUCCGAGGAGACAACGACGACGAAGACCGCUACGUCCACCGAGAAGACGAUCACGUCGCUCGGCCGGGUCGUAAACAACGUGGAUCGAGAGAAUUCGACGAUGGCGAUGCUGGGCAAAGUUCUGAGAACUUCGACCACCACCAGGGUGUCUCACAUGACGGAGAUCUGCUACAGAGGUCGAUGCGUGAUGACGAAACCGAAAAUGGAGGACGCCACGAGAUGAGGGAGAACCGGAACUAACGCGCGACACAGCGAUGUCGAAAGUGCCGUGGAAGAAAUUGAACAACGGGCCAUGCGAUCCAACGAACGAAAUCUCGCUGAGUGAAGAUUGAUUUUUGGAAAUUGAUUUUUGGAAAUUGAUUUUCGCGUCGUUCGAAUCGAAUUUUCUCAAUCAGAAUCCGGUCGUGUCCGCGAAUCUAAUUAAUAAAAGCCACCAAAAUUGCAAACGUUUAAUUGCGCGCGUAUCUGAUCGCAGAGAAUAGGGAAAUAUCACUUUUGCGCCGUAAAAGAUAUCGAUAUUUCGCUUGAAAUACCCAAACCGGUCGUGAUUCAGAACGGUAAAGCGCUUUUCGCUUAGCACACGUCGUACUUACAUAUAAACACAAGUUUGAUCAAUUUGUUCUCCGGGCACUAUCGUUUAGAGAAGGGUUGUUUUAUCACGGCUGGAUAAUGAAUUGUUCAAGGUGACGUCACUGCGAAAUUACAUGUGCUUCGGAGGGUUAAGGGCAAAAUAUCCACGUGAUAUUAACCGUGGAAGGAAGGGUUGUCCCCUUCCGGCAAGGAGGGUUCCGCGUCGUUGGCGGCAAAUCGAUCGUCCCGGCGCGUGCUUAUAUAAAAAGGACGCCCGAGAGUGUAUGUGCCGGCGCCCUUUCCAAGCGAGAUCGAAGUACGGAGGCUCGCGUUCCGCCAGCGCGAACGUAACGCGUAAAUAUAAACCGCGUGUGCAUCGUGUCGCUUUCGAGUAAUAGAGAGCUAAGUCUAUUUAAUUUAAUACACCGCCCCGUGUAGUAUACGUGUAAGUUAAGCGUGUAAGUAUUUUAAUAAAG